AUGGCUGACCCUAUUUCCAUAACGUCGCUGAUCAUCGACAUUAGCAGCAUCAUCCCCCGCCUCAUAGCAUAUGCAAAAGGCGUACGUGAUGCAAGCUCCGAUAUUCGAAGAUUAAGUGAGGAGCUUUUCGCUCUCAAAGGAAUUCUAGAACAUCUUCACUCGGAAGUUGAGCCUCCACGACCUACAAAAUUAGGACCACUGUCUCUUAUCACCCCAGAACCUCUGAUGAGCAUCCUUCAAAAAACAAAUGAGUCUCUUCAAGUUCUCCUUUCAGACAUUAAAGAGCCAGCGAACAAAUUCAAGAGAGUGAAGCAAAAACUGGAAUGGCCGUUCACCCAGGAACAACUCAACACGCACCUCACCCGCCUAGAAAGGGUAAAAUCUUGGUUGAUCCUUGUUAUCACAAGUGAUAGCAAUAGCCUCCAGCGAGAUUUGCACAGUGAAAUCACAAGCCUCGCAAAAUCUCUGGAACAAGAUCUGAAAGUACGAAAUGAUGAAAUGAUCCGUACAGCCCACGAAGAGCUUUCCCGAUGGUUGGCUCCUGUCAGCCCAAGUAGUAUCCAUCUGCAAGCCUCGAAUUUGCGAGCAAAUCACACAGGAAAGUGUGCUCAUACUGUCGAUGAGCUGGUACGGAUGUCUUCAAAUGACCAUAGAUUGGUCUUUGCCUACUUCUACUGUAAAUUUGACGACACUGCCUUUCAAGAGCCGGUGAACAUUCUAGGAUCGCUCCUAGUCCAGCUCUCUGAAUCGAUUCCCUCGGUAUUAGAGUCUAUCUGGCCGCUCUUCAAAGCGACAACAAAGUCAAGUGCAUACAGACGUCCAAUCGACAUUGGUGCCAUUGAAGAUGCCAUCAUCAAGAUUAGCUCUGGUGGUAAACGAGUCAUUCUUCUUAUUGAUGCAAUUAAUGAGAGUGUUUAUAAAGAGAUCAUAAUACGUUCUCUUCUGAAAAUCUCGAAUUUGGCCCCAAACCUUCGAAUUCUCAUAACUGGAACGGCCAAUCUGAUCCCCGGACAGCAUGCCAAUGUAAUUCAUAUGAAUGCUGAAAUUGUCAGAGACGAUAUCGACGUAUUCAUACGCUUCAGACUGCAGCAAGACGAGACGCUCAGGAAUCUGAGCACGCGUCUCCAAGAUCAGAUUUGGACGACUAUUCUGGAAGGAGCUGAUGGAUCAUUUCGCUGGACCCAGCUUUCUUUGGAAACCCUCGGCUCACUUCGGACCGCCAAGUCAAUUCGAGAAGCAUUGCAAACAUUGCCAAAAACUCUACGAGAGACAUAUAUACACAUCUUAGAGCGAAUCCCACCAAGUGACUGGGAACUCAGCCGCAACGCCCUCUUUUGGCUCAGUUUCUCAAAACGUUCGCUCACCCUACCCGAGUUGAGCGAAGCAGUCAUACUAGAGAAGACGUGCACAUAUUUGGAUGACGACUUAAGGCUGGUUUCGCCGCAAAUCCUUCUCGAUAUUUGUCAGGGACUCAUCACCCAGGAUGAGUUUAGAAAUGUGAAGUUAUCUCACGCAUCUAUCAAGGAUUUCCUAACGUCCGAGUGGAUCCGCUCCUCUAGCGUGCGAUAUUUCAGUUUGAAUCACGAAACCGCCGAUCAAAUCAUAAUGCGACUCAGCCUUACCUAUUUGUGUCUCGAUAAUUUUCUGUCUGGAUAUACAAGCUCCAUCGAUUCAAUCGCAUCACGCGAGCACGAGCACCCAUUUCUAGAAUAUGCGGCCCAGUUCUGGGCUACCCAUGGCGGAUCAUGCAGUUUCGAUGAUCGCGACUAUCAACUCGUCAACAAAUUCUUUAAUUCUCAAUAUCUUCCUCGUCGAGGUAAUUUUGGCGUAUGGGUGCAGGCACUUAUCCCUGAAGUACCUACUGUAGCCAUCGAGACAACGAACCCGUUGUACUAUGCAGCUUCAUUCGGCUUGGUUCCGAUCGUCAAAGCUAUUCUUGCAUCUGUCCUUUCCGCAGAAGUUGAUGCUCCAGGUGGACGCUAUGGAUCCACACCUCUGUUCGCAGCAUGCUGGCGGGGAAACUAUGAGACGGCAGAGCUUCUUCUCCAAGCGGGAGCAGAUCCAUAUAUUGUGGACACUAACUCGGGAUUGACAAUCUUCUCGCUCCCUAAAUCAGCCGAAUUUUCCCGUCUGUUGGCGACCCUACACAAGGGUUUGGAGAACACGGCGAUUGGUCCUGGUGUUAAGGGGAAAGCAAAUAUUGGCGAGUGUGCAAAUCCCGGGCCCUAUUCAGGCCAAAUACCGCAGCAUACAGCCAGGGGUAAUGAUACUGAAGGGACUGAAGACAAUGAUAGCGAUAUCCGCAGCCUUGUUGAAAACCCAGGGCUUGCGAUGGACUUCCUUGCUGUCUCACCAUUGAUCGACCCUACCGUGGAAGGAUUCAAAAAGCACAUUCUGCAUUUGUACCCACGGCUGGAGCCUGCUUUGGUCCAUCGCUUUGCGAGUGAGCAGCUUCGCCGGUAUAAUGUUCUUGUUAAUUUCCAGCGAAACCAUAUAGACGCUGUCACCAACCGCUCGUGCCGCUCAGGCGAGUAUUGUUUUGCUCUGGGAGGCGGGGAAUCCUCAUUGCAGCUUCCUAAGGACCCCUCAGGCUUGCUCCAGGGAAUGGACGUUAGUCGAAAUUCUGAUCGGCUCUCUGAUAUGGGCGAAACAGCAGCGCCUGUGGCUGAAUUCCCCCCUGCAGUUCCCAUUCCUCCUGUCUCGCUGUUUCCCUCUCAGUUCGAGUGCCCCAUCUGCUUUCAGGUCAAGAAGUUUUUGAAACCAUCCCACUGGUCGAAACAUGUUCAAGCAGAUUUGCAACCAUUCACAUGUACAUUUUCCGACUGCUCUGAGGAUAAAUCAUUCAAACGGAAAGCGGACUGGGUGCGCCACGAGACCGAAAGGCACCGGCAGUCAGAGUGGUGGGUCUGCUCGUACUCCGACUGCAGCAAAAAGUGCUUUCGCAAAGACAAUUUUGUCCAGCAUCUAGUUCGUGAGCACAAGAUGCUCGAGCCGAAGGUGAAGAAAUCCAAUGAUCUCACUUCAGAGAGGCAUUCUGAAGUCCAACGAGACUUAGAUAUCGAUCGACUGUGGGAGAUAGUCGAGCAGUGUCGUCAAGAGAUCAAACAAACGUCACAGGAGUCGUGUCGAUUUUGUGGAAAUACCUUCGAUAAUUGGAAGAAGCUAGUGGUCCACAUGAGCAAACACCUGGAGAACUUAGCCAUGUCUGUUCUAGGUUUGGUCCAGCAAAACGGUGCAUCGGAUGGAUUCCCUCUCUACCAGGCAGGUAUCGCUGGCAGACCCAGUUGCGAUUGA